AUGAGUGAACUGGUCGCAGCAUUGACCCCGAGUUUCUCACUUGAAAAUUGUGCCGAGGAACCGACACAACGAAAAAGACGAGCAAGCGAAGCCAGGCGGUCAGUGCCCAUGUCAAGUCGCAUAGAAUUCGCAGGCGAAAGUUUAGCCGACACACAAUGCCCAGCUGCCAUACCAUCGCUGGUGGACUGGAUGGUGGAAGGCCAAUUCUACGAGCGCGAGGCGGCUUUCCCUAUGGACCAGGCGGCACAGUUGCACCAACAGGUAAAAAGGGAAAAGAGGCCGUCCAGAUGGGGCCCGGAAUUAAUGGCGAUUAACAUCCCCAACUUCAACGAAGAGCUUUGA